GCUGGUCGCCUGCUGAUGCGGAAAUUAAUUGCAGAAAAGUUGUGCAUACCUUGGAAUGAAAUACACCUGCAAAGGACACCAAAAGGAAAACCUUUCCUGGCAAAUAACGUAUUCAGUGUCUAUUCAAAUUACAACUUCAAUGUUUCUCAUCAAGGAGACUAUGCAGUUCUUGCAGCUGAGCCUGAGCUUCAAGUUGGCAUUGAUAUUAUGAAGACUGAUUUACCAGGUAGUAGCUCAGUUCCGAAUUUCUUUCGCAUCAUGAAGCGGCAGUUUACUGAAACAGAGUGGGAUGUAAUCGAGUCUAUGAGUAGUGAGUGGAUGCAGCUGGAUAUGUUCCAUCGGCACUGGGCCUUAAAAGAAAGCUUCUUAAAGGCUGUUGGAGUCGGAAUUGGCUUUAACUUGCAAAGAAUCGAAUUUAAUGUGUCCCCAUUGCAACUGGAAAUAGGGAGGGUGUAUAAGGAGACAAAAAUGCUUCUGGAUGGAGAUAAAGAAGAAGAGUGGACAUUUGAGGAAACCCGGUUAGAUGGCCGUCAUCAUGUUGCAGUGGCUCUUGGGAGACAGGAAGGAUUUGGACAGAAGCAUUCUGAUGUGUGUUCCACGGAGCCUAACCAACCACAGUUUACAUUAUUGACUUUUGAAGAUUUAGUUGCAUCUGGUAUUCCAGUCGCACCUGAGGAUUCUGCAUAUUGGGAUAAUUUUUGUUGUAAGCAGGAGAGUCCAGUGAAACAGAGUUCACAUUCAAGAUAG